AUGCAUUGUGGAAUCACUAUUAUCCCGCUCAUUUGGAUUGAGACCUUUUCCGAGAAACGAGAGAUCGUCGAAGGUGGCCGUCCCACUCCUGAGUUGCAAGGACUACAUACAACAUCCAAGCGAAGUGGUAAAGUCUUUAUUCGAAGUUUUCAGACGUCAAAUUACGACAAGUACAAAUGGCUGGCUGGCUCCUCAAAAUUGAAUAAGUUAUUUUGCUGGCCGUGUCUUUUGUUCAACUCAACAGACAAGACAGUCUGGUGCAAGAAGGGAUACGAUGAUUUGGCCAACCUGUGUAAUGCCGUCAACAGACACGAGAAAACGAAGACACACUUGUCCAGUUGCCUAAUGAAUGCCAGUUUUGGGCAGGUCGGGGAGCUGGAGGAGUCUGCCAACAGGGGCAAUUACGUCGAAUUGAUAAAACUGCUAAGUGCAUAUGACCCCACGCUUGAACAGCAUCUUCAUACAGCAACCGUGUUUUCUGGACUUUCUAAUCGUAUCCAGAACGAUUUGAUUGUUGCUGUCAAGGACGUUAUGUUGAAAGCAAUAAAAGAUGAAGUGAUGAGGAGCCCAUUUGUUGCUAUUUCCCUGGAUGAAACCUCCGACGUUAAGACCUUAUCGCAGCUAACAACUAUAGUUCGCUAUGUCAACUCAGAUGGUAAAGCUGUGGAGCGCUUUCUUGGAUUUACCGAUGUAAGUGAGGAUAGAACUGCGGCUAGACUGAAACAAGAAGUCGGUAAAACCCUGAACGAGUACGGAUGCGGCGAAAAACUGAUUGCCCAAACGUAUGACGGUGCGAGUGUGAUGUCAGGAGAACUGUCCGGUUUGCAAACACGAGUAAGAGAAGACUAUCCACAUGCUCUUUUUAUCCACUGUUGCGGACACGCAUUAAAUUUGAUCCUUGUUCAAGCUGUCUCGUCAACUAAAGAGUGUCGUAUAUUUUUUAAAACCGUCACUUGUCUUUCAUCCUUUUUUCACGCCUCGUCCAAGAGAACAUACCUGUUGGACACAGUUGUCGGCAGACGCAUUCCCACUGGAACAGCUGUUCGAUGGCACUAUCAGAGCAGGUUAAUCCAUGCUGUACUGGAGACAAGAGCAAAGCUGCUCGAAGUUUUCGAAUACAUCAUCGAAAAUGAUGACGAGUUUGACGAAAUAUUUGGUCUUACGGAUGUUUUGUAUAAUAUCAUUCAGAGUAAGCAGUUCGAUAUUGUCUUCUGUGUCACGAAAGUUCGCGAGACGAAAGAUAAGAUUCAAGAACAACGAACAAAAUUCGUUGAUUAUUGGAAUUUUACGUCAAGUGUCGUCAAAGUAGCACUGAAACGCGGGCAAAGUGAAGAGGAUGUAUAG